AUGUCUCAAGAGAAGCCUAAGGUCCUGGGCAUGCCCCCCUUCGUUGCCGACUUCCUGAUGGGUGGUGUCUCCGCCGCCGUCUCGAAGACUGCUGCUGCCCCCAUCGAGCGUGUCAAGCUCCUCAUCCAGAACCAGGAUGAGAUGAUCAAGUCUGGCCGUCUCGACCGCCGCUACAACGGUAUCGUUGAGUGCUUCCGUCGUACCGCUGCUGAUGAGGGUAUUCUCUCUCUGUGGCGUGGUAACACUGCCAACGUCAUCCGUUACUUCCCUACCCAGGCCCUGAACUUCGCUUUCCGUGAUAAGUUCAAGAAGAUGUUCGGCUUCAAGAAGGACCGUGAUGGCUACGCCUGGUGGAUGGCCGGUAACCUUGCCUCCGGUGGUGCUGCUGGUGCCACCUCUAUGCUUUUCGUCUACUCCCUUGACUACGCCCGUACCCGUCUGGCCAACGAUGCCAAGAACGCCUCCAAGGGUGGUGAGCGCCAGUUCAACGGUCUCAUUGACGUCUACCGCAAGACCCUCGCCUCCGACGGUAUUGCCGGUCUCUACCGUGGUUUCAUGCCCUCUGUCGCCGGUAUUGUUGUCUACCGUGGUCUCUACUUCGGCAUGUACGACUCCCUCAAGCCCGUCCUUCUCACCGGUACCCUCGAGGACAACUUCCUCGCCUCCUUCCUCCUCGGUUGGGGUGUCACCACCGGUGCCGGUAUCGCUGCCUACCCUCUUGACACCAUCCGUCGUCGCAUGAUGAUGACCUCUGGUGAGGCCGUCAAGUACAAGAACUCCUUCGAUGCUGCCCGCCAGAUCAUUGCUGCCAACGGUGUCAAGUCGCUCUUCAACGGUGCUGGUGCCAACAUUCUCCGUGGUGUUGCCGGUGCCGGUGUCCUGUCCAUCUACGACAAGCUCCAGGUCCUCAUGUUCGGCAAGGCCUUCAAGGGCGGCUCUGGCUAA